CUUUCUUACACAUAUAACCUUUUCAAUCAUUACAAAAUAGCCACAAUGUCCAAUCUAGCCUUUCUUUCUCUAAUUUUAACCAUUUUCAUCUCUACUUCUAACGCCAUUUCCCAAUGUAACGGCCCUUGUAAAACUUGGGACGAUUGUGAUGGUCAAUUAAUCUGUAUAAACGGAAAAUGUAACGAUGAUCCUAACGUUGGAACCAAAGUUUGCAAAAGUAACCCUCCUUCCGUUCCAUCUCCAACUCCAACCAAUACAUGUCGUCCGUCUGGCACAAUCAAUUGCAACGGUGUGCACCCAAUAUACCGUUGCUCGCCACCUGUCACCUCCUCAACGCCCGCUCAACUGACCCUCAACGAUUUCAGUGAAGGCGGAGAUGGUGGUGGUCCAUCAUCAUGUGAUGGGAAAUAUCAUAAUAAUAAUGAAAGAGUAGUAGCAUUGUCCACUGGAUGGUUCGCGGGACGUUCAAGGUGUGGUAAAAUGAUACUAAUUCGCGCUAAUAACGGAAAGACCGUAACGGCUAAAGUGGUGGAUGAGUGUGAUUCUACUAUGGGUUGUGAUGCGGAACAUGCUUUUCAAAGUCCAUGCAAAAACAACAUAGUGGAUGGUUCUAUUGCUGUGUGGAGAGCUUUAGGGUUAAAUACAGAUUUAGGUAUUGUUCCCGUCACUUGGUCCAUGGUUUAGGCCAACGUGGAGCGAUCGUUACAGUUAUGGAUUCGAUAGAAUUCAAUAACUUUAUAUGUCUCAAAUUAUAUAAUUCUUGAAUAAGCGUGUCAUCUUACAUGUAAUAAGAUGUACAUUAGAGUUUCUUAAAAAUAAUCAACUACGAUAUAAUUUCUUACUAAUAAUGUU